AUAGCUCUCCUCCGAGGCGAAAAUCAGGGCCUUAGACAUGCCAUUAUGCACGAAAGGAGGAAGCGUAAGCGUGGCAGACCCUUAUUUGAAGAGCUACGUGCUGAAUCGGGUUCCAAAUCACAGUUCUACAAUCCUAAAAAGAUCGAGCGAGCUCGUGAGCUCCAGCGAGAGAAGGAUCAGGGCAAACGCGAUGAGAAGGCACGGAAAGCACAGGCAAAACUGAAUAAAGCACUUCAGAGGGCAGAGAAUGAUAGGCUACGAGCGGAACAAGUUGCUCAACGGGCACAGGACCGUCAGAUUAGGGCGGCAGAAAGAGAGGUAGAGCUUGCUCGACGUAGGGCCAUUCGACAGGCUGAUCGUGAAGCAAGAUCGGCACAGGCACAGCUUCUCCAAGAGUUAAAAACACCUCGAAACACCAGAAAACGAGCAAAAGAAGCCUCUCCACAGCAAAUUGUACAGCCGCAGGUAAUCAGCAGCGAUGUGGAGGAGCUAGAUAGCGAUGGAGAGGAAUCUGAAGGAAUGGAGACUCAGACGCGGCGAGGUCGCAUUUCCCGGCCACCACGAUAUCUUAAGGACUUCGAUUUGGGCCCUAAAUAAGCUUAUAGUAUCUCAGAAUGUCAUAACAACAAUUUUUUCUAAAUCUCUA